AUGCCUUCCGUCCUCAGUCUCUUCCUGGCCCUUCUGCCAGUAGCCCUCGCUGUUCCGACCGUCAACAAAGUCCAGACUGCCAACACUGUGCAGGGCAAGUGGAUUGCCGAGCUCAACGACAACGUUGCCAUCGAGUCUGUCAUGAACACCAUCAAAGCCGUCACCGGUAUCAAGACCAAGCAUGAGUACUCUACCGACUCCUGGAAGGGUUUCUCCUUCGAAGGAUCAGAGGCUGUUGUCGACAUUCUCAGCACCUUUGGCUUCUUGAAGUCGGUUGAGCCAGACACCAAGGUUACCAUCCAGGCUCCAGUAUCCAGUCCCAACCCAUCGAUCCAGGUCAAGCGUGCUCUGACCACCCAGAGCGGCGCCAUCUAUGGCCUUGCCCGUAUCUCUCACCGCAGCAAGGGCCAAAGCGGCUACAUCUAUGACAGCGGCGCAGGAUCUGGAAGUUACAUCUACGUGAUUGACACUGGUAUCAACUCCGCACACCAGGCUUUCGGAGGAAGAGCCAUCCAAGGCGCCAACUUUGUUGACGGCGAGUCCAUCGCCGACGGCAACGGACACGGAACUCACUGCUCCGGCACAACUGCCUCAUCCACCUACGGCGUUGCCAAGAAGGCGACCGUCAUUGGUGUCAAGGUGCUUGACUCUCAAGGAAGCGGUUACAACUCCGACAUCCUGGCUGGUAUCAACUGGGUGAUCAACGACGCUAAGAGCCGUGGUGGUGUUGGCCGAUCCGUCAUUUCAAUGUCUCUCGGAGGCGGGUACAGCGACCAGACCAACAGCGCUGUCCGUUCCGCCACUAACGCKGGAAUCUUCGCUGCYGUCGCCGCCGGGAACGAGAACCAAGAUGCUGGCAACACCUCACCAGCUUCCGAGUCGUCUGCUUGCACUGUGGGCGCAAUUGAUUCAAAUGACAACCGCGCUUCCUUUUCCAACUAUGGAUCGUUCCUCGACAUCUUUGCUCCAGGUGUGAAUAUCCUGUCAACGUGGAUCGGAUCCACCACAGCAACAAACACCAUCUCCGGUACAUCCAUGGCCACCCCUCACAUCGCUGGUCUUGCCGCCUACCUCAUUGCACUCGAGGGACCACGCAGCCCAUCUGCUCUCUGCCAGCGCAUUCAGUCUCUCUCGACCAAGAACCAGAUCCCCAACCCCAACGGCUCUGUUAACUACAUUGCAUACAACGGAAACGGUGCUUGA